GCAAACUGAUCUGAUUUCGUCUCAGUCUUAGAAUUUCUUGGACUCGACUCGAUUGUAACAUUUUGCCGCAAUAAAGAGCGGCAAUGGGUGCAAGGUAUGCACUCAUCGACGAGGGUCACUUUACCCGCUACAUUUGAAACCGCCGAAAUAGAUAAUCUUGCUCUUCUCAUAGCUAAUAUGCUUGAACGAUUGAUCACUCAUAAUGACAAGAUACCACUCCUACCCGAGAGCCUCACCCGAUUUCACUCGAGAGCCGUACCAAACAUCAGCGUCCUCGAUUACCUCCGGCGUAUAAUCAAAUGGACAAAAGUGGAGAAAUCAUGCCUUCUCCUCACCCUACACUACGUCGACCAAAUCUGCGCCCGCAUGCCCCUCUUCACCCUCUCCUCCCUCACCUGCCACCGUUUCAUCAUAGCAUCCAUCACAGUCUGCAGCAAAGGCCUCUGCGACUCCUUCUGCACUAACGCCCUCUACGCACGCGUAGGCGGUAUACCCGUAACAGAACUCAACGUCCUCGAACGCGAGUUUCUUCGUGCGAUAGAUUGGCGCUUAAUGUGCACACGCGAAGUCCUCCAGGAAUAUUACAUCAAUCUCAUCAGAACAGAUAGCUCAGGCGGGUUCGUGCUAGAAGGCGCAGAGUCUUCGGAGGUAGAAGAUAGCGACAUGGACAGUGCCAGUGUUUCUUCUCGUUCUGCGUCUCCUAUGGACGCACAAGUCCGCCAUCGCCCGUCGUUCAGCCUCUUGGGCAACCGCGACCGUGAGCCUUCAACCAGCAUGAGCAUUGGAGACACGGCAACGCUCCCAACCAUCGAACAGAACAUGGCGUUCGCUGCGUUGCAGCAUUCGUUGAUUCAGAAGAAGCCACCAUAGGAGGUUGGAUUAGGUUUUUGGAAUUUGUUUACGUAGCAAUGCAUUUUACGCCCGCAUCGGCGACGUCCUUGGCAUCACGCCAUAGUUUGGCGAUUAGUCGCACCCCUCUCACGCUCUGCUUUCCCUGGUGUGUACGUGGCGUACAGAAAAAAAUCAUCGAAUUGCAAUGAACCACGAUCGAC